UCCAGCACGCCCUAAACCCCAUGCACGAUGGACAUUGCUAGUGAAUUAAUAAGUCACCCUAUUUCCUCGUCUCGUCCUUUGACUGUUAUACAUUUAGAUAUUACCCUUGAUCACCUUAUUUGCUCACAUGCGGCAAGCGACACUCAUUUUUAUCAUUUUACUCUGUCAAAAAACAACAUGAUCGGUCAGCAAGUGCGCCAGA